UACUGAAUAAAAUAUUUAUUAUCUGUACAGUAUCAUCUGCUCAUACUGGCUUAAAUGUUCUUUAUUUAGACUAAGAAAAUAAGUCUUAUUUCCUUUCUAGUAAGUAAUGGUCUUUACACAUGAACUAUUCAGUCAUUUUUGUAGGAUCAUAAUUAAAACUCUGAAUGAUACCCCUCAUUUUCUGUUCCUGUCCCACGUCACUCCCCAAAUUUUCUUUUGCUUCUAUGUUUAUUUUAUAAAUUUAAGUAAUUGCUCUUAUUUGUCUUCCCCUAGACUUAAUAAUGCUGAAAAUAUUUCUUCUAAUUGUUGCAAAACAUGGAGAUGUGAACUAAGUAUAUUUCUGUUGCUAAAUUUCUUAUUCCUAUAUUAAAAGCUUACAUCAAUGGAGAAAUUAAGUGUAUGUUCUUUUUUGAAAUGCCCUAUGCUCACCCUUCUAUCCUUAAUAAACAGAGAUGGUAUUGACACAAGUGAAUUUUGUUUAACCACACUACAUUUGCUUCUUAAUUAGUGAAUAUUCAUCUGUCAUCAGCAGCAGCUAUGACACCCCUCCCUGCUAACAUGUUCUGUCAUAAAUAAUCAAUGAGGCACUAUUAAUAUUCAUGAGCUGGAAUCUGUGUAGUCAUGUGCACUGAUGCAGAGACAGGGGGAGUGUUGCCAUGAACUGACUGGAAACUCUGUGUGUGUAUCCGUGAGUGCAAGAUACUUAGGGAAAGCGAAGAAGAGCAUGCUGCUACACACCAGCCUGGCUUGUGCUUCCAGCUAACAGCGGUUUGUCUGUGUUUCUGGACUGAAGUGACUGAUGAAAAACAGUAGUCAAGUCUGGAGGGUGAUUCCUUUUCAGUUCACUUGCCUUUUAGUUCUGGGGAAAUUAGAAGAUUUGCUCUCUCUCUCUGCUUCUUAGAAUGGGCUGCAAUUUGUGCACUUUUCAGAAAAGAGAGGAACACUACAAACUGCUGUAUGAAGUUUCCCAGGUCAAUGGGAAGGAUCUCUCAAAGGCCACCCAUGAAGAGGCAGUGGAAGCUUUUCGGAAUGCCAAGGAGCCCAUUGUGGUCCAGGUGUUAAGGCGAACGCCUCUCAGUAAACCAGCCUAUGGAGCAGCCCCAGAAGUGCAGCUCAUGAACGCCAGUACUCAGACGGACAUCACAUUUGAACACAUCAUGGCCCUGACCAAACUGAGGCCACCUACCCCUCCAGUGCCAGAUAUCUGUCCAUUUCUGCUCUCAGACAGCUGCCAUUCUCUUCAUCCGAUGGAACAUGAAUUUUAUGAGGACAAUGAGUAUCUUUCCAGCUUGCCUGCUGAUGCGGACAGAACAGAGGACUUUGAAUACGAGGAGGUCGAGUUGUGUCGUGUUAGCAGUCAAGAGAAGCUGGGCCUGACAGUCUGUUACCGAACGGAUGAUGAAGAAGACACCGGCAUUUAUGUCAGCGAGGUAGAUCCAAAUAGCAUUGCUGCCAAAGAUGGCCGAAUUCGAGAAGGAGAUCGCAUUUUGCAAAUAAAUGGGGAAGAUGUCCAGAAUCGAGGAGAAGCAGUGGCAUUGCUGUCUAGCGAUGAGUGCAAGAGAAUUGUGCUGCUGGUUGCAAGGCCAGAGAUUCAGCUGGAUGAAGGCUGGCUGGAAGAUGAAAGGAAUGAAUUCUUAGAGGAGUUAAACUUGGAGAUGUUGGAAGAACAGCAUAAUGAAGCAAUGCAACGCACUGCCAAUGAGGUGGAGCAGCCAAAGAAACAAGAAGAAGAAGAAGGUACGACAGACACAGCAACAUCCUCAUCCAACAACCAUGAGAAGGACAGUGGAGUGGGGCGCACCGACGAAAGCUUGCGAAAUGAUGAGAGCUCGGAGCAGGAGAACGCAGCUGAGGAUCCCAACAGCACAUCUUUGAAGAGCAAGAGAGAGCUGGGGCACAGCCAAGACACUCUAGGAAGCGUUGAGCUUCAGUGCAAUGAGAGCUUCGUGUCUGGUGAAUACAUUGACUCAGACUGCACUGGCAACCAGGAUGAGGAGUGUGAAAGGUUCCGGCAGCUCUUGGAGCUCAAGUGCAAGAUUCGAAACCAUGGAGAGUAUGACCUGUAUUACUCGAGCAGCACAAUAGAAUGCAAUCAAGGGGAACAAGAGGGAGUGGAGCAUGAGCUACAGUUGCUUAAUGAAGAACUAAGAAAUAUUGAACUCGAGUGCCAGAAUAUCAUGCAGGCUCACAGGCUCCAGAAAGUGACAGACCAGUAUGGAGACAUCUGGGCACUGCAUGAUGGAGGAUUCCGAAAUUAUAACACCAGCAUAGACAUGCAAAGGGGAAAGCUAGAUGACAUCAUCGAACACCCAGAAAAGUCAGACAAGGACAGUUCUAGUGCUUACAACACAGCUGAAAGCUGCAGAAGCACUCCGCUCACUGUGGACCGUUCCCCUGACAGUUCCCUUCCAAGAAUGAUCAACCUCACCAAUAAGAAAAACCUGAGAAGCACAAUGGCAGCCAGUCAGUCCUCCUCUGGACAGAGCAGUAAAGAGUCGACCUCGACCAAAGCCAAAACCACUGAACAAGUUUGCGGCAUUGAAGGCAAGGAGAAGAUUUCAGAAAGCAACAAGCUUUCUGAUCAAGAGAAGGCAGGCAGCGAACACAUCCCUUACCUCUCUCCUUAUCACAGCUCCUCAUAUAGAUAUGCCAACAUCCCAGCCCACGCCCGGCAUUAUCAGAGCUACAUGCAGUUAAUUCAACAGAAAUCUGCUGUCGAGUAUGCACAGAGUCAGCUCAGUUUGGUGAGCAUGUGCAAGGAGUCUCAGAAGUGUUCAGAGCCCAAGAUGGAAUGGAAGGUGAAAAUUAGGAGCGACGGGACACGGUACAUAACAAAGAGACCAGUGCGAGACCGGAUUCUGAAGGAACGUGCCUUAAAGAUCAAGGAGGAGCGGAGUGGUAUGACGACAGACGAUGACACCAUGAGCGAGAUGAAAAUGGGGCGCUACUGGAGCAAAGAGGAGAGAAAGCAACACCUGGUUCGGGCCAAAGAGCAGCGUCGGCGCCGAGAGUUCAUGAUGCGGAGCCGGUUAGAGUGUCUUAAGGAGAGUCCUCAGAGCGGCAGCGAGGGCAAGAAGGAGAUCAACAUCAUUGAACUGAGUCACAAAAAGAUGAUGAAAAAGAGAAACAAGAAAAUUUUGGACAACUGGAUGACAAUCCAAGAACUGAUGACCCAUGGAGCCAAGUCUCCUGAUGGCACACGAGUUCAUAAUGCCUUUUUGUCAGUCACCACCGUAUGACCGAAUGAAUGGAAUGCAACUGAUUUUAAGAGGGUGCUACCAGUUUGGGUAGAGUAUGAUUGCCUCGUUCAAUGUGGCGUUUUUAUAUAUAUUUUGUGACUCUUUAUAGUUUAAAUUUUUUGUAAGCAAAAAUACCUGGUAAUUUUUCAUUUGUUUUUCAUAUCCUGGUACCUUCUUUUGGGCUGAGAUCUUUCUUUAACCUGUGAUAUAUUCAUAUUACUCAUUUAUAUAUAAAAUAACAAACAAAAGGAAAGAGAACAAAAAAAACUUGAACAAACAUACUGAGGAGCCGAUUAAUUUCCUACUUUAAUGUAUCUAUUGUAAGUUAAGAUCUGGAUUUAUUUCUCUAGUUUACUUAUUUUCUACUUUAAUAACAACUCAAUGCCAAAACAUUUCUAUGCUUGCUUCCUGGCAUAAUAUGUAUUAAAUCAACCUUGUUAAUAAAUCAUGUGCCACAUCUUGUCCUAUACAUAAAAACCACCUCUUUUUAACAUCCUGUUGUACAUUUAACACAUAAAUGACCGUUGUCUUUGUCUCAGUAAAGUGUAGGUGGACAAUCUUCCUGUGAUAUGUAGUGACAUUGGUCAUGUAGCUAGAUAAUUGUGGUAAUUGUGACAAUAAAAGAGAAAUAAAUUAUUGAUUAUCCUUAAGAAAGUUAUCAAUGAGUGUUUUAUUUUCAUUGUCUGCUGUGGUUACCAGAUAUAAAUUAGUUAUAUAUGUAUACUAUUUAGAAGACUCUCAGUUGUGGAUUAUAAAAUGUGUACAUUUUCUAUCACUGUUUUUCAAUAAAAUUGUCUUGAAAUACUUCCAGUA